UCCACGCUUAGCAUGAAGUCUGACAUGGGGCUCGAUCUCACAACUGAGAGAUCAUGACCUGGGCCAAAAUCAAGAGUUGGGUCCUUAACCAACUGAGCCACGAAGGCACUCCCAAUACUCUUCCUUCAAAACAAAACUCAUUGGCGGCAGCGGGACUCAGCUUUGGCCUCUUGCCACUUCCUCUCAGCUCCAUUGAUACCUUCACCAUGGUCCCAGCUGGUAGUGCACUGAUUGGAACGGCUGUCAAGCAGAACUUAGUUUUGAACAUGAAUAACCAUGGCUUUGUGGUGUGUACUUUUAACAGAAAAGUCUCCAAAGUUGGUAAUGUCUUGACCAAUGGGGCAAAGGCAACCAAAGUGGUUGAUGCUCACUCCAGGCUGAAGAAGUACAGGCCGGUCAUACUGUUUGUGAUGGCUGGUUAAGCUGUUGAUGAUUUCAUUGAAAAAUUAGUACCAUUGUUAGACGCUGGUGACAUCAUCAUUGAUGGAGGAACUUCUGGAUACAGGGAUACCACGUGUUGAGACCUCAAGGCCAAGAGUAUCUUGUUUGUGGAGAGUAGAGUUAACGGUGGAGAGGAAGGGGCCCAGGAUGGCCAAGAGGACAAAAAAGGCUGGCCACACAUAUUUUGUGACUGGGUGGGAGAUGAGGGAGCAGGACACUUUGUGCAGAUGGUGCAGACUGGAAUAGAGAACGGGGAAAUGCAACUCAUCCAUAAGGCUUACCGCUUGAUGAAAGAUGUUCCAGGCAUGGAGCACAAUGAGAUGGCAAAGGCAUUUGAGGAAUGGAAUAAGACAGAGCGGAUUGAAAUCACAGCCAAUAUUCUUAAGUUCCAAGACAGCAAUGGCAAACACCUGCUGCUGACGAUCAAGGACAAUGAGAGGCAGAAGGGCACAGGAAAGUGGACCACCAUCUCAGCCUUGGAGUACCAUGGUCCUGUCACCCUCCUUGCAGAAGCAAUUUUUCGAUGUUUAUCAUCUCUGAAGGAUGAGAGGAUUUAAGUUAGCAAAAAGCUGAAGGGUCCCCAAAUCCAGUUUGAAGGUGGUAAGAAAUCAUUCCUGGAGGACAUUCAGAAGGCCCUCCAUGCUUCCACGAUCAUCUUAUGUGCAUAAGGCUUCAUGCUGCUAAGACAAACAGCCACGGAAUUUGGCUGCACCCUCAACUAUGGUGGCGUCACCCUGACAUGGAGGGUCUGCACCAUUAGGACUGUGUUCCUAGGAAAGAUAAAAGAUGUAUUUGAUCAAAACCCAUAACUUCAGAAUCUACUACUAGAUGACUUUUUUAACUCAGCUGUUAAAAACUACCAGGACUCCUGGCAGCAGGCAGUCAGCACUGGUGUCCAGGCAGGUAUUCCCGUGCCCUGCUUCACCACUGCCUUUUCCUUCUAUGAUGGGUACAGACACAAGAUGCCACCUGCCAACCUUAUCCAGGCCCAGUGGGGUUACUUUGGGGCUCACACUUAUGAACUCUUAGCCAAACCUGGGCAGUUUAAUCACACUAAUUGGACAAGCCAUGGUGGCAGCAUGGCAUCAUCUUCAUACAGUCCCCAAUCAGACUGGUUACCCGCCACAAUGCCACAGACUGGGACAUUCCACUUACCACACAGCACUGCUCACACAGCCCUCUGCCCUAUUUUCUGAUCAGACCUCUUAAAAUAAAGUCUCAUAAGAGACUCCUGAAGGAGCCAACCUGA